GCUACUACUGAGAUUCAGGAACUACCAGUCCCAUAAAGUGCUGGACGUCGAGGGGCUUUGAAAAGCGAGGUCGGCCGCGGCGCAGGCGUGGUGGCACAAGUUCGGCAGUAGGAAACAUGGCGGCUCCCGGGUUUACUGCGAGAUUGUACUCUCUGCUGUUCCGCAGGACCUCCACGUUCGCCCUCACCAUCGCUGUGGGCGCCGUGUUCUUCGAGCGCGCCUUCGAUCAAGGCGCGGACGCGAUCUACGAGCACAUCAACGAGGGGAAGCUGUGGAAACACAUCAAGCACAAGUACCAGCACCAAGAGUAGUUCCUCGGAAGCUCCCAUCCAGGCGAGAAGGACCAGGUCCACCCACUGGCUAUUUGCCCAAAGCCAAGGCU